AUGUACGACACUUUGACUGUCGGUAAAUACUGCGAGAAGCGUGACCCUAACCUCGCAUACAUUGCCUACCGCAAGGGCCAGAAUGACCUUGAGCUUAUCGAGAUCACCAACGACAAUGCCAUGUUCAGGGCUCAGGCUCGUUACUUGCUUGAGCGUGAGGACCUCGAGAUCUGGAACUACGUUCUCAGCUCGAACAACAUGCACCGCCGUUCUCUCGUCGACCAGGUUAUUGCUACUGCCGUUCCUGAGUCUCAAGACCCCGAGCGUGUUUCGAUCGCUGUCAAGGCCUUCAUUGAUGCCGACAUGCCUACUGAGCUGAUCGAACUGCUCGAGAAGAUCAUUCUUGAACCUUCCGCUUUCAGUGACAACGCUAACCUUCAGAACUUGCUUAUGCUCACUGCUUGCAAGUCUGACCGUGCUCGCGUCGGCAACUACAUCCAGAACCUUUCCGAGUACAGCCCUGAAGACAUUGCCACCCAAUGUAUCGAGGUUGGCAUGUACGAGGAGGCAUUCGAGAUCUACAAGAAGCACAACAACCACACUGCUGCUACUGAUGUUCUUGUUGACCACGUAAGUACCACUUUCUUAGCUCGUGACAUCUUAAGGAGUGCAAGUGCAAGAACGACAGCCAUCGAAAUGCACGAAGCGAAACAAGCGACAGUCGUCUCCGGUGAGAGCCAGCAUUGUUCUAGCCAAUGA